CGCUCUGUUUCCGGCCUUUUCCUCUCCGCAAUCUUGGCAGACACCACGCAGGCACCGUUCCAAUUCGUGUCCAAUAAAAUUCAAUAGAAUCAUCAGCAAAAAUGGGUUUCGACGUUAAAUCAGACAAAGGUCUUAAGGAAUUCAACGCUCAUCUCGAAGACAAGAGCUAUGUCAAUGGAUAUACUCCAUCCCAGGCUGAUGUGGAGACUUUCACAGCAUUUGCAAAAGCUCCAGCUGCAUCCCUCGUCAACGUCUUGCGUUGGUACAAUCACAUCAAGUCAUUUUCCGCUGACGAACGCAAGAAGUUCGCCGCUGGUGGUGCUUGCCCAAUGAAAACAGCCAAAACCACCACAGCUGCUCCAGCUGCUAAAGACGACGAUGACGAUGUAGACCUAUUCGGAUCCGACGACGAAGAGGAAGAUGCGGAAGCCGCGCGUAUCCGCGAGGAACGCCUCAAGGCCUACGCUGACAAGAAGAGCAAGAAACCCGCCCUCAUCGCAAAGAGCAGCGUGCUCCUUGACGUCAAACCAUGGGACGACGAAACCGACAUGAAGAAAAUGGAGGAAUGCGUACGGAGCAUUGUGGAGGAAGGUCUCUUAUGGGGCGUCUCCAAACUGGUUCCAGUCGGUUACGGCAUCAACAAACUUCAGAUUAUGUGCGUCAUUGAAGAUACCGUUUCGGUGGAUCUUAUUACUGAGAAAAUCGAAGGUUUCGAGGAUUAUGUACAGUCUGUUGAUAUUGCUGCCUUCAACAAGAUCUAAAUUGUCGAUGUUUUUCUUUUUGUCAAGCUUUAAUAACUAAUAAAUUGUUCAAAACAAAAGUAAAA